AACCCGACCCACAAUCCCAAACCCAAAACUAAACCCUCUCUCUCGUUUAUUUCCCUAAACCCUAACCCUAAGCGCGACUCCUCCACCAAGCGCCUCUGGCGAGCGGCGAAGCACGGGAUCUCCCUCUCCGGCAACCACAGCCAUUUCUCCGUCCAUCUCCGAGGAUAAAAGUCUAGAAAGAGCAGCUCUCUCAUUCUCUCAAAAUGAUAAAGCGGCGGUUUUACAAGCGAGGAACCCACGGCGAUGACAGCUCUGAUUCCUCUGACUCCGACUCUGAUUCCGAUUCCAUUCCUCAAGUUGAAGAAGAAGAGGAAGAAGAAGAAUUAGAAGAAGCAGAAGAAGAUGUAACAGUUGAAAGGGAGAGACCAGAGACUAAGAGAAAAAGGAAUCGAAGAAAGAAUCAUUCUCCAUCUCCUGGUUCAGGAUAUGAGAGUGAAAACAGCUCUGGGGAUGAGGUUAAGGUGGAUUCUUCAGGUUUGCUUACAAGCGAUGAAGACCGUAUUGAAAGAGGUGGACAAAACAUUACGGAUGGUCAGCUCAUGAAGAAAGCUAAUACUAAAGAAACCGAUCAAGAAGCUUCAAAAGUGAAUUUAAAUGAUCAAAUUCAAACUGACUUUGCUGACUGUAUCUUGAAAUGCAAAUCAGUGUUCAAGUGCAGGCUUUGCCCAAGAAUUGUCUGCUUAAGCGAAGACACUGUCAAGGCACACCUUAAUUCAAAGAGACAUGCUCGGUCAAAGAAGCUACUUGACGAGGGGAGGUUAAAGUUGAUGCUUAAUAGUGAUGGUGAGAUUGAGGAGGACCAAGAAACUCAUGCAGAAAGGCAUCUUCGAACUGUUGCUCUAGCUCAGGAACCAGUUGCUCCAGUGAAAAAAGAUAAAGGUCGUCAGCGACAAAGCCAGAGGAGGAAGAAGAAACAGCUGCAUAAUAGCUCUAGCAAAGGAAAGUCGGGUGAAUUGACAAAAAAACCCAAGAAAAAGCAUCGCAAGAACGAGGUCUGAAGAAUUAUGGCCGCUUGCUGAAAAUUCUACAGUUUGUUUGUUUCUUAGAAAAAAAAGUUUGGGAUUCAAAAGCAAUAACUUGAGGGUUUACCAAGUUAUGCUUCCUUAGUAGCAUCUCAAGUUUGAGUUGUUUCUUUUUCUAUGUUGCAUUUAGCACAAGUUUUUCUCUCAAGCUGAAUUUUUUUGGGGGGAUUACAGAGUUAAUGAAUGUUAAAAUAAAAAAUAUUUCGGCUUUGAAAAUAUUGUAUGAUCACAUGUCAUGUUUGGCAAUCCCUGAGCCGGGUACUGGGAUGCCGUCACGGCCAUCAAGAGCCCUGCCACGCAACCGAGGCGGUGACCUUCCCUUAAGCUCACCGAUGAAUCUGGUCACUGCCCUGACUUCCUUCUUUUUGCUGGUGGAGCUGCGGUGAAGGGAGGGCCCAUUUUGGCGCAGUUGAGUUCUUGGCAACUGGAGCUCUGUUGCCACCAAAGAAAGCCACCAUUGCUGUCAAUAUCGUUGCAGCUUUCUUGUCAUGAACAAGGCUUUGCUCUGGUAGUUCAGUGGCUGUAGACUUCAGACAUUGCGGAGUGCAGACUGAGAAGAUGAAGGCUAUUGGUGAGGAUAUUAUGUGUUUACGGAGAACUUGGAUCUGAGUUCUCUUUUGCCUAAGGGGAUGUUUGGUACCUUGUAGCUAUAGUUACAAUACAAAUGUUGCUUGUACGCAAUUGAGAUGUCGGGACUAUUCUUGCGUGCCACUGUAGUUACAAUGGUUCAAUUUUUGAAUUUUUAACUUCCUUA